CAAUUUUUAUUACAUGAAUAAUAAAUUGGAUGAAUUUUAAUUGAAAUAUUGAUUAACAAUUGAAUGAAUUGUUGAGAUUUGAUGGCAGUAUCAACUCUGGUGAUAGUGAACCGGGAGAAUGUGCCACUAGUGGUGAGGAGUCGGACACCGAUGUCAUCAACAGACACUAUAUCAUCACUAUUUCAUAUGCAUUCAUGUCUUGAUAUAAUUAAUGAGAAACAAUCAAAUAGGGAUCAGUUUAUAGGUGUUGUCACCCAAACUGAAAGCCAUAAGAUAUAUGGCUUUUGUUCGACAACUAACACCAAAAUCCUACUUAUGGUAACUCCUCAGGCCUUCCGUGACAAUGAGGCCCGACUUAUCAUGAAGUCUGUCCACAAUACGUAUGUCAAUGUGACCUCUGGUAACCCUUUCUAUCAAUUUGGUCAACAAAUUAAGUCUAAACAUUUGGAUCAAGUAAUCGACGCUAUAUUUUCUAAUUAUUAGCCAUUCGUACGA